AUGGACUUGGAUAUUUUAAAUGAGUGCUUUUUAUGGAAUAUAUUUCGACAAAAGAACAAUGUCAAAGCUAGCCACCCAGCUCCCCUCAUCCUCUGUGCAGCCGCCGGCGCAUCACGGCGCGCAUCCGCACACCGUGUGGUGCGAGGCACCCAUCCCAGCCCAACUUCCCACCCCCCCCGCCUCCGCACCAUCCCUACCGCUUGCUGCGCCGUCGCGAGCCUCCCGCACCCGCCCCCAUCACUCCCUGAUGUCCGGCGAGAUCUGGGGGGCAGCGCUCUCGCGGACGCGCGCGCAGUCUGGGCGGCGGCAUCCACCGCGCGGCGCCCCUGCCCCGCGUCCCCCACCCCGCGCCGCUCCGCUCCGCUGCGAUGGUGCCACCGGUCGGAAUCUUCUGGUGGCAACGCCCGGCGACAGGCGCACGCCGUGCAGCGCGAGGAGACCCUGCAGCAAGCCGUGCUCGCCCGGAUGGGCGGAGAUCGAGCAGGAGUGGAUUCCGUGGUGCACGACGACGCCGACGGCUUCUCUUCGCCACCGAGCUCUGCUCCCCUCCCUCUGCGUCAGAAUCAAGCUUAAACAGGUGCAUCUUCGAGCAAGUAUAUAUAGUACGGGCAGAUGUCGCUAAAGGAAUAAUCAUGGUUUCUGAAAACUGACUAUGCUCCCUUGAGUACUAUGUAGCAACAAACUCAGGUUAGUGUGCAUUAAGAUCUAAUAUAGUUAUGUGGUUAUAAUGCAUAAUUGAACAUACUAUACCUUGAGUUGCUAUAAUUUGAUCCAGCAAAUUCAUGUGCUAAGGACUUCCUUGUAGACUAUGUUCUUCAUGGUCAUUAAAAAGGGCUCAGAUCUUUUUCGCUUAUUUGAAUUCUUGAUUUGUUCCUUGCCCUUGCCCUUACCCUUACCGUUGCCAUUGUCCUUGAUGGCGAGAAUCUUAAUAUUCCUCUUUGCGGUGGCUCUAGACAAUGCGACGUAGAGCUGACCGUGAGAGAAUAUCGGGUCCGGUAGGUACACCCCGACAAUCGGGAUGGUCUGCCCUUGCGCCUUGUUGAUUGUCAUGGCAAAACUGAGCCUAAUAGGGAACUGCUUCCUCUUGAACUUGAAAGGAAAUAUAUCGUCAUCGGAUGGGCAGAGAGGUAUCCGAGGAAGGAACACCCUCCUACCAGCAUGUUGUCCUAGCACGAUUUCUGCGUCGAUGGCGUUCCUCUGGAAACCCCGGACCACAAGCCUUGUGCCGUUACACAACCCAUUAGCUGGAUCAAUGUUUCUCAACAGUAUAACGGGGCAAUUUAUCUUCAGUUUGAGCGCAUGUGGAGGCAGCCCGUUGGGAGUCUGGUUGUUCAGGAACUUGGGGGCAUAAUAGUCGUGUGGAUCAUCCUCUGCAAUAUCAAAACUGUGGUAGAUCUUCUCUUCGCCCUGGAAGCGCUCUAUCAUGCGCGUGUUUAUCUUAUCAACGUUGUCGUUCUUGGUGGAGAGGAUCGCUCGAGAUGUCAUGUAAUUUGGAUCAGCCAUGUUGUCGUCCAGAGCAGGAAAUACAUGGUCGAUUAGCUUCUCUAGGUCAGCGCCGUCUCCUGUUGGCGGUACACAAAUAUCUUCGGGGAGCCUUAUGUUGCCUUCCUCGUCAGUUUCCUCGGUCCCAUUACCUACCCGUAGCAAGUAAUAUGCAAACCACGGGUCGUUAUGCGCCCUCAUGUUGGUGACGAGCCUUAGCUGGCGCAUGCCGUUCCAAAGGUACGAACUCCGCACGGUAGCAUCGAUUAUCUGACCCCGUGACCCCUUCCUGACGACCGGAAGCACCUGCCUGAAGUCCCCACCGAACACGACUGUCUUUCCCCCGAAUGGUCGGUCCCGUCGGCCCAUGAUGUCCCGCAUGCUAUUGUCUAGUGCCUCAACCGCUUGCCGCUUUGUCAUGGUGGCCUCGUCCCAUAGGAUGAGUGAAGCCAUGUGCAGGAGCUUGGCCGUCCCACUUUGCUUCGUGAAGCUGCACGACCCCCCAUCUUCAAUGCUGAGUGGGAUCUUGAACCUCGAGUGGGCUGUCCUUCCUCCAGGCAUGAUGGAAGCCGCGACGCCUGAUGUCGCUGUAGCUAGUGCAAUCUUGCCCUCGCCUCGAACCUUUGCGAGAAGUGACCUAUAUAGGAAGGUCUUCCCGGUGCCUCCCGGGCCAUCGACAAAGAAUACACCACCAUCACCAGCAUCAACUGCUGCCAGUAUCUCGUCGUAUGCAAGCCUCUGCUCAGGGUUUAGCGAGGACGCCAAAUCAGCAUCGUUCGCGUCAACCUCGAUGGCGGACUCCUCGGUGACUUCUCUGGCCUCACCUCCAGUAGUGUCAUAGGUCUCGUCGAUGUCCGGAAGAGGGAACAACGCUAUGUCUUUGCCCAUGGACUGUAGCAUGCCCCUGAUGUCAAGCAACACCAUAUGCUCCACUGCCUUUGAGCACGCAUGUGUUCGACGGUAGUCAUUAGACAUCGCGUCUAGGUGCCUAUCCCAUAGACCGCGCACGUCACCUGGCUCGCAGAAUACCAAGAUAGUUGCAAAGAGCCUCCUAAGUGAGGCUGGCAUCGCGAACUGUGUUGACUCUAUAAGACACUCGUCAAGCGUGUUGUCGGCCUCAAUAAAGCCCAAUCUCUCGGCAGCCUCACGGAAGCUAUCACAUAGCACUCCGUCCACGGUCCGCAGGUCCUCGAAGGAUGUCUUGCCUGGUACGUGGUUAAGCACCACUCGCAGAAAGUACCGCUCCCUCUCGGCUGGAUGGGCUGACAUGAUUCGACCUACUUGGUGCUGCUUUUCUCUCGGCCUCCAGUAUUUCUGUCGCUGCCAUGUGAAACUUCCCGGAAAGUCCUUGUACAGGAUAUCCCGAGCCCACACGUGCUGCUGAUUAGCGAGGAAAUACUCUGUCAGCAUUGACUUAGAUGCAGUAUCACGGGCGACGACAUCGGUCAGGUCCUCUCCUGCUUUGAACGUGACACUAUUCAUAUUAGGGAGAUGAAGCGGCAACUGUAGGACCGACGGGAAACUCUCAGAAAGGUUGAAGCCGAAUAUCCUCCACAUCGCCUCCGGUGGAGUAACCCAUCUCGCAUCAACGUACCUUUUAAUCUCGUCUACAACCCCGUUGUUGUCAGGCUGGUCAAUGCUGAAUGAAGCUCGAUCGUGACCCUUGUAUACGUAUUUGUAAAGGUACUUGAUGGCCUUGAUGCUGGAGCACACCUCGACAUUUAUGUGGCAGUUGAACAUCCACAACAGAUAAGGGUUGUAAGGCACGACCCAUCUGUUAUCCAGCAUUUGACGACGGACCUUAGCCUGACGACCAUCGUCUCGCCAUCGAUAAACCGGGUAUGAAUCCUUCCCCUGUAAGGUGUUCUGGUUGAACGAUCGUGGGUACUUGCUCUUGCACUUCAAGUCUUGCAUGCACACAUUUUUGGGAUUAAGAUUGCCACAUGGGCCGUGCAUCAUAUGCUUCACGACCAUGGCAUAGAGCUCUGGAUACUUAUGCCUGUCCGGGAGCUCUGCAGAUAUGACGCGGUCAUACUGCU